CCUACACCAACAUUAUAAGCCAAGACCUUGAUGUCACUCUUAAACAUCAUUUGCCAACAACCUCGCGACAUCAUACAACAACAUCGAACAUUAUGAUUCAUCGCCUUGUUUUUCACCUGGCUUUCGCCUGCAUAAUACAAGCACACGCCGCCUCUCCGACGACAGCAAAACGCCUCAUCAUAGACACUGAUCUAUUCAGCGAUGUUGACGACGCCGGAGCCCUGCUGCUCGCAGCCACAUCAUCUUCCGCCGACCUUCUCGCCGUCAAUAUCAAUUUCCCCUCCACCUACUCGGCCCUGGCAGCAUCUGCCAUUCUGGCCCAUUAUGGCAGUAAUACUCCCAUCGGGAUCCGGCGUCCACUGACCAAUGUCACGUUCUUCGACUCUUGGUUUUUCGAAUUAGGCGAAUACACAAGCAAAGUGGCUUAUCACUGGUCUGGAGGUUCGUUGCCCUGGGGCCAUGCCGAGGAUGCCUGGGAUCCAGUCGCGCUGUAUCGAAAAAUCCUCUCCGAAGCCCCUGAUCAAAGCGUCACUAUCACUUCCAUUGGAUUCUUCGAUAAUUUGUCUGGGCUUCUUAAUUCCUCGUCAGAUAUCUAUUCACCGCUUUCAGGUCCCGAUCUUAUCGCCGCCAAAGUCUCGGAACUGGUAAUCAUGGGUGGUGAAUAUCCCUCCGGCUACGAAUACAACUUCUGGGGCAGCAAUCCAUCUAUCACCGCUCAUGUUGUCAAUACUUGGAAGGGCAGCCCAAUCACCUUUUCCGGGUUCGAGAUAGGGCGAAAUGUAACGUCUGGCCUUCGUCUGAUCAACGAAGGCCCGCGGGAUGACCCGGUCAAGGCUGCGUAUGUCUAUUACGGGUACACCACAGCCCGUCCGUCCUUCGAUCCUCUGACGGUGCUGUAUGCAAUGGAGGGGUUGGGUGAUCUCUUUGAAUUCGGAGUAGAGUAUGGAUACAAUCACGUUGAACAAAAUGGAUCAAACAAGUGGGUUUAUGACAAGGGGGUCACUGGUCAGCGCUUUUUGAAACUCAAGGUGUCUGAACACGAGGCCGGUGCUGAAGUGGACAGGAGACUGCUUCAGGCAGCAUGGUCUACACAGAGAGACCAAGUACUCACUCGACAGGAGCUUUGACCUAUUCCGGAUAAAACAAGGGUUGAUACUCUGCUUCUUUCGCUUGGUGCCAGCUUUCUCUGAUCGAAGACCCUCGUUUCAUUAUGCCACAAGCCCUGAUUAUCCACAAUCAAACGGGCUGAAUAGCCUGUGGGUAGUAAAAGAGCUCGGU